AUGACAGCUGUCAAAAGCGCGUUCUCCGUGAUCACGUUCGCGGUUAUUUUGUCGGACGUGACGUCAUGGAUUGUCGAUAUGGCGGAAGUGGAGAAUUUGGAGAGCAAAGAACAAUUCGACGAGGGUAAUUACGAUGAUGAAAACUUGUCCGGUGUUGCCAGUGAGGAUGACAACGAAAUUAUGUAUACUGCGAAUUAUGCAGAGAAAUUCAACCAUGAGACUUUUAAAAAGAAAGAGGUGGAAAGCGUGAUCAAAAAUGGCGGAGUGUAUUUAGAAGGGCUGAGUGAUGCAAUGUCUGUGUACAGGGACACUCUUGAUGACUGCAACAAACUCUUUGCUACUCAAAACUCUUCGAAGGUGAGUACAGCGACACCCAACAUGCCAAAAACGAAUACAGAAGAACAAACAAAAUGCGAGAAAGCGGAGAAAAAGAAAUAUUAUGUGCAAAAAUUGUCUGAGAUGGCUCUACUCACCACAGAUAAAUUAAGAGAUAAAGCCUAUGAGAAUACCAACAAGGAGGAAAACGAUGACGCCGAUCUGAUACAACUGGCGUGGACUCUGGACAAGCUAGCGUACCUGACGGGCUACGGCUCCAAGCAUGGCAAUCCCGUCGAGACCAGUUCGAAUGACAGUGAUUCCUCAUUACCUACUGAAUCAACUGGAAAUAUUGAACAACAAACAUCAAACCAUAGACAACAACCGGCGACAGAAGAUAAUAAACAACAACAGCUAGAAAUCCUAGAACAGGUAGAAAAUGGCCGCCCCUUACCGCAUUUCCCGCCAACACCGUUGACAGAUGUCAAAUCAGUUCAAAAACGGGACACCGGCGACAUAAUGAGAUACUAUCUGAAGUACAAAGUCUGGAAUGGUUCUAACCCGAUAGACGAUCCUCAAAUUAGUGAUAUUGAAAACUUCGAUGUACAGAACUCUCUCAGAGUACUUCCCAUAAAGAAACGAUCGCUGGAAGAAAAGAAAGCAGUUCACAUGCAGAGUGCGCUAAAAAAGAUACGUUACCUACGUUGUAAACUGAAGGAUCAGUCGAAAACUUCUGCGAGGAAGUUAGUGAAAUCCAUCAAAGUUUACAGAAGGAAAAUAUUAAAAAAUAAUAAUAGUAACGCCGAAGCUGGUGUACGCAAAUCUCUAAAUUAA